AGAAGGGAGUGAAGCGUGUACACGUACGGCCCUAUAAUAUAUAUAGAUAGCAAGACAGAGCAUUCCCUUGCACCACCACAACCAGUCCUCACAUAAUCAUCUUCAUUCACUCACUCUCUUCGAUCACUGUACUGAAGAUACCAUGGCCAAGUCGACCGCGAUGUUUGUAGCCGCCCUGGCCCUGGUGGUGGUGAUGGCGACGACGAGCACAGGCGGUGGCAGGGCGGCAGCGGCGUGCGAUCCCAAGCCGCUGGUGGUGUGCGAUCCGGCGUUCAUGGACGGAGCGAAACCCGCGGCAGCAUGCUGCUCCACCCUGCGUGCGCAGGAGGCAUGCUUGUGCGUGUACGCCAAAGACCCCAAGUUUGCAAAAUACAUCAACAACCCCAACACCGCCAAAACCUUUACCUCGUGCGGCAUAGCCAUCCCCAAAUGCUAAGCAAGCGCUCUGCGUCGUCGCUUCGCUUGCUCUUGCUCUUGUGUGUAACAUAUCCAGCUUAUGAAUAAAUUAUGUGGAUCAGUUAAUUAGUGGGA